AUGAGGCUGCUCAUGAUGGACUUUGCAUUGGAAAUUUAUUGUCAUUCCCAGCGGGAAAAUGUCCUUUAUGCUCUAGCAAGUGCAGCAUCCCACCAAGCACUAAAAAGCUUGAGCAUUGACUUGGCAAGUCAUGGCUCUGGCGCCUUGAUUCACUCUCAGGGCUCGCUACGUAGACGAGUUGGAUCGGUGGAAAUUCUGGAAGAACGGACUCCUCCAUCCCCCAGUGCGUGGAAGCCUUCUUAUGUUCACCUUUCAUGUUCCGUCAGUGGUUAUUCAGAAGUGACUAGAUAUAAUUCCAAACUUCGAGAAGGAUGGCGGUCUCGUGAUAACAGCCCAGCACGUAUUACCCUUCUUCUCAGGAGGUCUCAAGACUCUGAAAGCUUGAAAUCCCCCAAUCUAGUAAUAUCAAGCCAUAAUCCCAGGGGUGCUUCCACAUCUCAGUCCAAGGAGAUGCUUUCAAGUCCUUUCAAAGUGCGUGAGAUCCAGAGACAGCAGGCUGUGAAUGGGUCAUCUCGAUUUGUGGCACAGAACCGAAGUGUGAGUGCAGAUCGUGGACAAGCAAGAAGGUGGUUUUAUGUGGAGAAUGAGAUCCCCAUUGAUGAUACACCGUGUGAAAGGCAGAGUCGACCCACUAGACGAAAUAUGCUUAAUAAUGGACCUCAGGUGAAUGGAAACCAUGGGCCAAAUGGAAAAGCAAUUCCCAAUGGGAAUGGAGUGAAUGGUUCUGGAGAGAGUGAGAAUGAGUAUAGUGAAGUGAUAGCAAGCGGUCAGUCUUUCAUUCAGCAGCGCAUCGAACGGCUGUACGGGCCUGGUUCGGGAGCUCAAUUGUGUAAAUUGAACAGAAGGAAAAGUCAGGCCGAGGAACAAUUAGGUCUGGACAAAGAAAACGUGCUGCCAUUUCAGAACGGGAAGGAGGAGAAUGGAGAUGAACAGCCAGCUGUAUUUCGUCAUCUGAGACAGGAAUUCCGUGAACAACUGCCAGCCAAGAAGCCCUCAUUGACAGGAUCUCCUCCUGUCACAUCCCCUGAAAAGACAACAGCUAGUCCAGUGGCCAAAAAAGUGCAGAAAUUGUCAUCCAUAGAGAAUGUAGUGCAACCAUCUUCCUCGUCGCUGCCUGUUUCAUCUUCGUCUCCACCCCCUUCAUCAUCAUCCUCAUCUGCUGAGGAAGGGAGUAAGCUGUUGGAAGACUCAGAUAUUGCCAUAGCGCCUCCAUUAUUUCCUUCUGUUUCUCCAGAGAAAAAGACCACUGAAGUAAAAGAUGGUCAAUAUUUCAUGAAAGCUCUUGAAGAACAAAGGCAUCAAAUAGAGGAAGUGAUGUCAAAGGCAGAGGCAGACCUAGCAUCAGGACAAGUUCCUGAAGAUGUGUGUGGGAGUAUUCGAGUUGCGAUAGGAAAAGCGGGACUCCUUUGUGAACAGAAGUUCUCUCAAUUCCAUGGACUCUGCCUGCAAAACAUGAAUCCCAGUGAAGGGAAUACCAAGGUGACAGCAGAAGAUCUUGCUGGCUUCUGGGACUUGGUUGGCAUCCAGGUGGCUGACAUUCAUGAGACAUUUGCACGAAUUGAUCUGCUGAGACAAAAUGGCUGGAUUGAAAAAACUACUUCACCUGUUAAGGAGAAGAGUGCAGGAAAGAAAGGGCAGGGAGGAGCAAGGAAAAAGACCUCUACAUCAACCCAGAAGUCCCAGAAGGAAAAAGAGCGAGACGAAGAGCGAAGACGGCGCUUGCAAGAGGCAAAGAAGCGGAUGCAAGUACAGUCUAAGGUUAACAGUGAUUCCAACCUUCAGAUAUACUGUCAGUCACAGUCCCCACCCUCCAGUGACGAUGUGUGACACAGGAAAUCUUUCUCCAUUUCACUGGGUGAUAUCUGGCUCAAAGAGAAGAACAAAGGAACAAUGCUGCUGCUUGUUGAUGGAUUGUGAUGGUUGGUUUUGCUGUGUUCACAGAUAAUGACCUCUGAGUUUUUUUUUCUUUUGUUUGUUCAUGUCGUUGUCACUAUUUUCCCUGCUGGUUGAAGGAAACUCUCAUAUUUAUUAACUUCUUUCAUCAGUCAGCUAAAAAUGGGUUUUAUUGGAGAACAUAUUUGAAGUAAGAUUCAGUGAAGUGAUAUUCAGUGAUUGCAUUUGAAACAUUAUUCCAACCCCGGACAGUUUUUUUUUUAAUUGCAUGGCAUCUUGGAAACUUUUAUAUCGUGAUCGAAUCUCAAAAUCCACACAUGAAGGGAUAUGAACAGUUGGGAAGACAUUCCCUCAAAAACAGUUUUUCUAACAUGAAUGAAUUCUUUGAUUACUUGUCUCUCUAUCAUGUUUUUUACAUUACUGUAUCAAAUCAUAUCAUGCAUAUUUGCACAUAUUACAUCAAAGCUGGAUCAAUGGUGAUGAUGAUGAUAUGAGAACUCCUUGACAGGGGUUACGUGAGAAUGAAGCAGUAUUGACUGUCUUGUCUCUAUGACUCAUGUCCCCAGUUACCAUUCACCUGCAUGCUGCCCUCACCCUCCAUUUCCCUUUCAUAUUUUCUUGUGAUUUCAGAGUCUAUAAGGCUUACAGUUUCCCUCAUUCUCCCAGCUGGCUUAUUUCAUGCAGCCAGACUACUCUGCGUUUCUGUCAUGCCUUGGUGCUACCUGACUGCAUUUAUUACCCUUGAGAAGGUUCCUUCUGCAGUAGUUGCUGGAUUGUGUAUUAUUGAAGAGGGUCCAGGUUUGAUCCUUAUAACCUUUUCAUACAUUUGUAUUCCUCUAAUAUUUUGACACUGAGACGUACAGCCCAAAUGAGAAAGUGAUUAUGAAGAAAAAAUUUCAAGAACUCAUAGUUUACAUUUUUAAAUAUCAGCUGUGAAAUUCUGAAAUCCUCUGAUCGUCUGCAUGCGAAAACUAUUAAACCAUUUUCUCUCCAACCUUGGAUUCUGUGAUGAGUCCCAUUGCAUUUUUCUGCCUUUCUAUGCAUUUUGGUCCCACUUGCACGUGUAAAGCACGCGAUCUUGGUGCAUUCCUCUGUGGCGUCUGCAUCGUUUGGUUUGAGAACCUCAGAUUUUGAAUUGUGAGAGCUUUACCAAAUCUCAUUCAUCCCUGUUGUCCACUUCCUCGAUGAGGAGAAAGAAAUAUUUAAUUUUUGUAUAAUUUAUUCAUAUGUUUAUGUUCAUAUGACUAUGAGUGAUACUCAGGAUUUGAGAGAUAUGAUGGUAUCGUAUUGCAUUGGACGAUAAGUGGUGUACCCUGUCCCCCACCAGUCCCUUCCGACCGUUCCACAUCCGUUUUUUUAUUCAAAAUGUUAUGGUCGUAAUAAUGAAAUUCAAGACAAUAAACCGAAGAAAGACGAA